CGACCCAUCACUAGCGCGCAUGCCCGUGUCCCGCAUUGUUAGGAUCAGCUGGAUGUGAAACCCCACCCAAUGAGGAAGAACGAGCCGCGAGCAGCAGCAGCAGCAGCAGCAGAACCGGACCGAGCUCGAGCCCGCACCAUGAUCGCGCUAUUCAACAAGCUGCUGGACUGGUUCAAGGCGCUCUUCUGGAAGGAGGAGAUGGAGCUGACGCUGGUCGGCCUGCAGUACUCGGGGAAAACCACCUUCGUCAACGUGAUCGCGUCGGGUCAGUUCAGCGAGGACAUGAUCCCUACGGUCGGCUUCAACAUGCGCAAGAUCACCAAGGGAAACGUCACCAUCAAGCUGUGGGACAUCGGCGGUCAGCCGCGCUUCAGGAGCAUGUGGGAGCGAUACUGUCGCGGCGUCAGCACUAUCGUGUACAUGGUUGAUGCGGCGGAUCCAGAGAAGAUCGAGGCGUCGAAGAACGAACUGCACAACUUAUUAGACAAACCGCAGCUGCAGGGAAUCCCAGUUCUGGUUUUGGGCAAUAAGCGAGAUCUUCCCGGAGCUCUGGAUGAGAAGGAGCUCAUCGAGAGAAUGAACCUGUCGGCCAUCCAGGACCGAGAGAUCUGCUGUUACUCCAUCUCCUGUAAGGAGAAGGACAACAUCGACAUCACACUACAGUGGCUGAUCCAGCACUCGCGGACCCGGCGGAGCUGAGGAGGCGGAGCCAGCGUCUGAUUGGAGGAACCGCAUCAUGUGAUCAACUGUAUUUUAGGCGCUCUUGAUUUCGUUCUAAACAAACAGGCAUCCGCCCCUCUCUCUGUGCUUAUAAACUAAUCCACAUCAUUUA